GGGGGCCGGCGGGGGAGCUGUCGCCAGCCCUGGUCUUUCUCCGGGCGGCGGAGGCGGCGGGAGCCCGGGUCGCCGCCUCCAGCGCACUCUCGCUGUCCCGCGCCACCCCAGGAUUGCGAACUCUUGCAGCUGACCUGUUGGGCUGGGCUCGGCGCUCCAGCCAUCGGCCCAAAUGGGUCUCCGGGUUGGGACUUGCGGCACCUGGAGUUAAUGUCCAACUGGGGGUCUGCGGAGACCCGAUCCGAGGUGCCGCCGCCGGACGGGACUCUAAGAUGAAGUUAUGGGAUGUCGUGGCUGUCUGCCUGGUGCUGUUCCACACCGCGUCCUCCUUCCCGCUGCCCGCUGGUAAGAGGCCUCCCGAGGCGCCCGCCGAAGACCGCUCCCUCGGCCGCCGCCGCGCGCCCUUGGCGCUGAGCAGUGACUCAAAUAUGCCAGAGGAUUACCCUGAUCACUUCGAUGAUGUCAUGGAUUUUAUUCAAGCUACCAUUAAAAGACUGAAAAGGUCACCAGAUAAACAAAUGGCCGUGCUUCCUAGAAGAGAGCGGCAUCGGCAGGCUGCAGCUGCCAACCCCGAGAAUUCCAGAGGAAAAGGUCGGAGAGGCCAGAAGGGCAAAAAUCGGGGUUGCGUCUUAACGGCAAUACAUUUAAAUGUCACUGACUUGGGUUUGGGAUAUGAAACCAAGGAGGAACUGAUCUUUAGAUACUGUAGCGGUUCUUGUGAUGCAGCUGAGACAAUGUAUGACAAAAUAUUAAAAAACUUAUCCAGAAAUAGAAGGCUGGUGAAUGACAAAGUCAGGCAGGCAUGUUGCAGACCCAUUGCCUUCGAUGACGACCUGUCAUUUUUAGAUGAUAACCUGGUUUACCAUAUUCUAAGAAAGCAUUCCGCAAAAAGGUGUGGAUGUAUCUGACUCCGGCUCCAGAGACUGCUGUGUAUUGCAUUCCUGCUACAGUGCAAAGAAAGGGACCAAGGUUCCCAGGAAAUGUUUGCCCAGAAUGGAAGAUGAGGACCAAGGAGGCUGAGGAGGAGGAAGGAAAGGAGGAGGAGGAAGGGGAAGGCAGCCGACAUGGGAGCCUGGUAGGAGGAGAUCCAGCUACAGACAACUGGACAGGAGAGAUAAAACGGCCAUCUGGAUUCUCCAGGGUGGCACCGAUGUCACCAGAAGCUCAGGGCUGAUGUUCCUGGUUGGCCAUUGCCAUUGUUUCAGCUGAUACAGUCCACUGUCACCGUCCCGGGCGCAGUUGCGGAUGCACUCAACCAAACCAGCGUUAUCUUCUGUGGUUUGUUUUCACAUGUCUGCGGACACCAGGGAAAUGGGAAUCCUGGUGUCCCUCCUUGUCAUUACGUUUUACUGCUGAAAGGAGGAAAGGUUAUUUUUCUGUCACUCAGUGGAGACAUGCCCAGGAAAGAAGAGGAAAAACAAAUCAAAAAAAGGAAGCAAAGACACAAGAGAUAAUAACCUUUGAAGUUGAAAGCUGAGGCCUGAGGUCUACUACAACCAGAGUUGGAGAUUGAUUUUGAACAUGGUGUGUGGGGUGGGAAGAAAUUGGCUAGGAAUCAAAAAGGCUGUGCUCAUGAUUAAAAACAAACCUGAAGCUAUUUCCUUUAUGUCCUUGGAAACAGGAAACCAGUUAUGGUUUUCAGCAGCAUUCUUGCAGGAGAGAAGCGGGGGAGGCCCCCAGCCGCCUUGGGCAGGGAGCCACCUCAGGCCUGUCAGUUUACAGAGAGACAGACGUUACAUACCCAGCUCCGCUGAUGUGUGGUCACCAGUGACCAGAGAAGCUACUCGAUGCAAUGCAUCUGUUUCAAAUACAGAAAUAUAGAGAAUAUUUAUUGAGAUUUAAGUUAUUGUUAUUUAUUACCAUUCACUAAUGAGUUUCUCUUUUUUUUCUCUUAUUUAUUAAAAUUUCUUUUCAAAGGUGCCAAAGUACAUGUGCUCGCAAAAGGCAAAGAAAGGUGACAAAAGGAAAUUCGAAUUGGGAACAAGGGUCCAUGCUUUACAAAGUAUUAAAAAGUUUUUUGCUAGGCAAAAAUCACUUACUUUACCUUUUUAAGAAAAUCCAUUGAUUUCCCUCAGAUUUCAGCAUUAAAUUUUCCCAAUAAAAAAAAAAAAAAAAAGGAGCAUCCUGGCAGGCUCCCCUUCCUGGUGGCAACAGAGACCAUUGACACUUGGUUUAUUUCUUCGUUGCUCUAUCACUGGACAGAAAUUUCAUAUGCUCCAGUUUCAGUUGUAUUUAAGCUCUUACCCCCUCCACACGUAUCUAUGAUAUGCAUCACCAUAUAUAUAAAAGGCUGAAUUCCUCUUAGUAAGUAGUUUGACCUAAAAGUAAACAAUUCUGUCAGGGAGCCAAGGUUUUGCCAGAUACUGAGGAGACUCUUCAUCCAUCCUGGUCCCCACUGCCUUCCUGGGACAGCUGCCCCCACCCCGUGCAGUCUAGGAGUCCAUGGGGGACCUCCUGACAGGCAGGCUAAGCCCUCUGUCCCCCAGACUGCUCCUGGGAAGAAGGUGGCUGAGAAGGGUGUGGAGGAAGCCACCUCCGCCAGGUAUGUCCACACACACAGCCUCGGGCUCAGAGCUUGCCCGUUUAAAGAGUAAGGAGGGGAGAAAGCGAGGGUGAGAAGGGCAUCUCCUACCUGCUUCAUACCCUGAAUUUGUCUGGCACCUGACACAGCACGAUGCACUAGGUCUUAGAUUAGAGCUUGACCUUUAUGUAUUUCGUAAAAGGAAUUUCCGUCAGGGAAGUAAUCUAUCACCACCCGAGCGGUGCUUAGCCACAAAAGAAUGACAAUUUAAUAAUUGACCCACUGGCCUUUCUCAAAUAAUCACGUUAAUUUUACAAAGUAACCAAGCAGCAGCAGAUAUCCCCUCCACCUGCCCCGGAAGACCCAUGUUCUGCCCCCUCCCACCAUCUCCUGGGGCCUCGUUUAUAAUCAGUCUGGUCAAAACAGUGACAAACCUAGCCCCUCGCCCAGCUUCCCAUGGAGAGUCCCUGCCCAAAGAGACCAUAGGAUCCAAUGGGUGUUGACAACUCGGUCCCAGCAUCACCCACACACCAUAAAGCAGGUUUUAAAGGAAGCAAAUUGCUUCACUAAAUCCACAAAAGGGUAAAGUUUGUGAUUUUUCUUUAUCAUUGCAAUUACCAUCUGAUACAGUAAGGAGUGCACUUCUUUGGAAGUUCUGAUUUCUCUGAUCUGUCUUGGUCGUUUGUGUUAUACAACCAAAGUUCUCUACAGACUUUAUUUUUGUACAAUAUCAUUUUGUAACUUUUUACAAAUAAAAACUCAU